AUGUUUUCAUUGGAUUUUAAGAAGAAUCCCAAUGAGGAUAUAAACGAAGAAAUUGCUAACAAAACGGAUGAAAAUGAAGAAAUAAUCACAUUUAAUAACAUAGAUGAGUUUUGUGGUUUUAUGUUUCAUUAUCUAACAGAUUUUUAUAAAUCUAUCAAUGAAAAUUACGAGUCUGCGCUAAGCAUCAUAGAGCAUAUUUCAAAAGUGCACAAUCAAGAUCUUUCCUCUUAUUAUUCAGAAGAAUCUUUGCCAAAUAUUUUUACUGAAACGAAUUUUGUCAAUUUAGCAAUCGAAAUCCUAAAUAGUCCUUCAAGAGAUAUACUAUCAAGCCAAAAUGAAUCUUUAGAAUCGCAAAUUCUUUCAAAAGUUUUGAAAAUCUUAAAUGUUGCUGCACAAUACUCACCAUCCAUCUGCAAAAUGAUCUUUGAUGCCAAUUUCAUGGAUAUUAUCAUUAAUCCUGAACUCGAAGAAACUUUAUCUCAACAUAACUUUUUAGGAGCGAUUCAAUUACUCGAACACAUAUAUAAAUUCUGUCCUGCCGAUGUUUUAGUUGCAUCAUACAACAGCGGAUUCAUUGACAGACUUUUAGAACGUGUGAAACAUGAAAUCAAAGCAUCCCCAGAACAAAAUAAAUCAGACCAGAUCAUUUGUACAUGUUUAAGUACAUAUUUUUCGCGUUCUCUUGCAAUUGGAGAUGCAAAACUUCGAGAAAAAGCAUAUUUAUUCAUUAGUUUGAUUCUAAACCUUAAUAUGGACUCGUAUCUUCCUGUUAUGCGUCUUUUAUACUUUUUGUUAACAUGUUUGGGCCAAGAUUUCCAACCGGUUAUGUCAAUUCGAGAUUUAUUAAAAUUAAACAAUGAAGGAGAACUUAUUAUGCUUUCAAUCAUACCAAUGGUUAAUACAAGUGAUGAUGAUCUUAGAGAAAUUGCAACAAAUAUAUGUUUAAUCCUAACAAAUUCAAUUAAUCUUGUUUCACCUCGAAUUAUUUAUAGUUUCAUGAUCAAAGCUCCUUGGAGUGCCAUAACAAACACAAUUGUUACAAAAGAAUAUGAUACAGCUGAUAAAUUACUUUUAAUAAUUAAAAAUUUGUUGAGACUGGACUUUUUAGUUAACGUACCACCAAAACAUCAAAUGCCAGAAAGGUUCUUCCAGAAAUUUACACAACUUGGCAUUUUUGAAAGUCUUUUUGUAAAUUAUGAAAACAUUGCUUACAAAUGUCGCCAAACAGUAGUGGAAAUCAUACUUUUGUAUAUCAGGUACUGCAUGAAGUUUGAUUAUAAUGAAAUUCGGCUGAGAUACAUUUUUGAUAAGAAUAUUCUUUCGCAUUGCAUCGAAUAUAUCACAGAUGAGGAUCUAAAGAUAACAGAAGACAUCAUAGGAACUCUAUUUAAGUUUAUGGACUAUCUAAGUCGAACUUAUCAACAAAUUUAUGAAUAUGCACUUGAACUUUUCCGAGAAUGGGAUAUCGGAGACCAACUAUUACAACUUGAAGGUUCUGAGAUCGAUGAAAUUGCUCAUUCAUUUUAUUUGAUGAUUUACCCAGAAGAGUAA